AUGGACUGUAUCUCCGCCAUUUCUUCUCUUGCUACAUGUGCUCUAGUGCGUGGAGAACCAGCAGGACCAGAGGAAUACAUUAUCCACCGGAGCGCUUACGCAAUUCUCAUUAGAGAGGCAGAAAAACUGCACAUGUUUGAGGAUUCAAGGUUCUGCAAGGAUGUGCUGAGAAUCAUCAUGAUGAUUGCAUUCUCGAGGAGAUGUCACAUACCUGUGCCUGGGCUCGCUCCUACAGUCAAUCCCAGCACUGCUUUACAGGAAUAUGAGCGCAUUUUUGAAGACACAUGGCAUACCAGAAAUCACGCUGACCCUGAGCUAUAUUCACCCUUUUAUGAUGGGCGAAUAGACCCCAGCGAAGAUCCGUUCCCGUUGACGAGAAGUGGUCAUCUACGACUCCUCCUUCAGAUGAUGCAAUCAGUGGUCAAAAUCUGGCUUCGGCGAAAAACUCGCUCAUCACAACAGCAACUUACCACUGACGCCAUGAUAUCAAUGUCUUUGGCUCAGCGUAUCUUGGCCAUGCCAUCUUCCAAGGUCCCCGACUUACCUUCUACCUCCGACCACGUUUACGAGGCCUGCAGAUUGGUCUCUGUCCUGUUGAUUCGAUCAGUUGAGAGCAACAGACAUUGGCGUUCUGUGGCGAGAGGUACCUCGAUACUUCAAGACAUCCGAGAUGCGCUCCAGAAGACCGAUUUGGACAACCUGUGGGACAAGGAGAUUGGUCUCCUCUACUAUGUUGUGCUAAUCUUCCACACCGCCACCUUUGACACCCCAUAUUACUUGCUCAGCCAUGGCCUGUGCACUAGGGUACAUUUUGCGGUCACGUACUCAUACGACGAUUGGAUUGGAGCGAUGCAACCAAUGUUGACGCUCUACGAAUUGAUGCCGACGAGGGAAUACACCUUGCCAGAACGCCCUACAGCAUCGGCCCCUACGGCCGUUUACAUGGAGACCUUGGCCGAUUUGCAAACGACGGAAGAGUCCAAUGGCGUGAUACUUUCUCCAUGA